AUGUCCGGACCCUACGACUCAUAUUCUGGCUACGGUCAGCAGCAAGGCGGGUAUCCUCCCCAAGGCUAUCAAGGCGGCAAUACCGGCUACCCACCUCAACAGGGUUACGGCCAAGGCUACGGCGAACAGCAGGGAUAUCCUCCUCAAGGUUAUGAGCAAUACCCUCCACAAGACCAAGGCUUCGGGGCUCCCCGUCGUCAGGACUCUUUCGGCCCGCCUCAGCAAGGUGGCUUCCAACACGGUCAACAAGGUGGUCAAUAUGGCGCAUAUGAUGCCAGCAAUCCUCAAGGACACCCAGGCUACUACGGCCAAGGACAGAACCAGGGCGGCAACGAGGCCUACGGCCAAAACCAAGCAUACCAGCAACAGCAACAGCAACAGUAUGGUCAAGGUGGUCAGCAAGGUAGCCAGCAAUAUGGAGAUGCCAGUCAACACCAGUUCUCUCCUCAGUCUAGCGAUCCCAACGGUCCUAACUACGAUGCAAACGCGCCUCCCAUGAACGAGAGUGACAGAGGUCUAAUGGGUGCUCUUGCUGGAGGUGCCGCAGGCGCUUUCGGUGGUCACAAAGUCGGCCAUGGCUUCUUGGGAACGAUUGGAGGCGCCAUCAUGGGCUCGCUGACCGAAGAUUUCGUCAAAGACAAGAAGCAGCAUCACGGCAGCGGCCAGAGCAGCUGGGGUGGUAGCAGAUAUUAG